CUAACUGCAUUUGCCUGACAUUUUCACAUCUAGUUAACUUUAAAUUAGGUGGCAUAGACAGUAUGACUAAAAAGGUAGAAGAUGACUGUCAAACCAAUCCAUCUGACCACCUAGCAAGCCAGAAAAGAAUGGAAAUAUAGAAAGGCCAUCAGCUACCCAGACAACAGCUUACAUUUAAGAACCAAAUAUGGCCGAGUCCAGCAAUUUCGCUCGCGACUUUCUGGAGGCAAACCGCGAGCGCAUCAUUUGUGGCGUGCGGGACAGCAGAGCUGUCGCCGAAGCCGCCGCUGCCCAGCACCUACUCGAUGAGCGGUGGACUGUGGAGGCGCGGUCUGCUCAGACCCAUCAGGAAGUGAUGAGGACGCUGCUGCGUGGCCUGGAAUCAGAAACCGCAGCGAAGAUGUCAGCUUUCUACCAGAUACUGAGACAAAUGGAGCCCGGGCUCAUUCAACAACUGGAGCAAAUGGACAGUGUGAAGGAAGAAAUACACACAAAACUGGACCACAGAGGUGCAGAGACCAAGCAAGAUGAGGACAGAAUAGAACAUCUAAGGGCUGAGAUACAAUCAAAAAGAGAUGCCUUUCAGAAGAGGAAACGGGAGACAAUUCAAGCAAUAGAAGAGAUUGAAAAACUCUGGGAGGGAACAAAGAGAGAAAAGGAUGAUAUAGAAAACAUGAGGGCUAAGAUCCAGAGACAAAAGGAAGAUCUGGAACACAUGAUGAAAGAGAGGAGGCGACUAGAAGGCAUGGUGGAUCGGAUGAAGGCUGAUAUACGGAAGCUGAGGAAAGAGCUAAGGCAAAACCGAGAAGAGAUGAGGCGUGAGAAGAACUCAACAGAAAAGAUGAGAGCUGAACUGCAAAUGGAGAAGAGCUUCUUGGAGACAAGGAGAGAGGAGAUCAUGAAAGACAGGGAACAACUGCAGCAGAUGAGGUUUUCAGUUUUGAAAGAAAGAGAAGAAAUUGAACAAGCGCGUGAAUUUACAAAUCAAGAGAAACUCAGGAUGGAACAGAUGAAAACUAACAUUGAAAGACAAAUCGAGGAAAUACAGAUUCAGAUAGAAGAGACAAAGGUGGCAAAAGAGAGGAUGGAACAGAUGAGAAUAGAGAUACAGACAGAGAGAGACACUCUGGAAAGGACAAGGUCUGAAACAAAAAAACAGAAAGAUCAGUUUGAACAGAUCAAGUAUGAGAUCAAUAAAGUCAAAGAAGAAAUGGAGAAAAGGUGGUGUGAGACCGAGAAUGAAGAACAAGAACAAAGGGAUGAUUUACAAAGGCAAAGAGAGGAGCUGGAGAAAAUGGUGACUGAGAUAAAGAGAGAAAAAGAAGAGGUAGAAAAUUAUAGAGAAGAGGCAGAGAAAGAGAAGAGACAGACAGAACAAAUGAAAGCAGAGCUACAUGCAGACAAAUACAGUUUACAGAAGGAAAGGCAGGAGAUGAUCAGAGAAAGGAAGGAGUUGGAACAGAUGAAAAGUGAGAUAGAGAGAGCUAAAGAAGGCAUUGAACAAAGUAGGGAGGUGAUAAACAGGGAGAGAGAGAAGAUGGACAAUAUGAAGAGUGCAAUUCAGAGGAAGAUGGAGGAGAUUGAAGUCACGAUGGAGGAAGCAAAGCAAGCCAAAGAUAAGAUGGAUAAGAGCAGGACAGAUAUACAGAAAGCAAAAGACAUGCUGGAGAAACAAAAAAAUGAAACAAGACGAGCAAAAGAGGAUCUAGAAAGGAGGAGGUAUGAGACUCUGAAUGAGGAGAUGGAGCGGAGAGCUGAAAUACAGAAAGAAAGGGAAGGGCUGGAGAGGGCCAGAUUGGGAAUGCAGAAAGAAAAGGAAGAAAUGGAAAAAGCAAUGAAUGACAUGGAGAAAGAGCUGAACGAGAUGAGAGAAGAGACAAGGCAAGAGAGGAAUAAUGUCGAAGAGAUGAAAGCAAAGAUGCAAACUGAGAAAGAUGUCCUAGAGAGACAAAGAAACGAGACAAAAAAGGAGAGAGAAGAGUUGGAAGAGCUUAGAAAGGAGACGUUACAAAGAACAGAUGACUUGGAAAAAAGCAGGGAACUGAUGCAACAAGAGAAGGACAAGAUAGAACAGCUUAAAACUGAGCUACAAGCCCAAAUGGCGGAAAUAAAAAACAAAAUGGAAGACACACAGGUAGCAAAAGAAAGCCUGGAACGGAUAAAGACAGAGAUUGAACAACAGAGAGAUGACUUGGAAAGAAAAGAGAGUAAGGUGAACAAGGAUAAAGAACACUUCGAAAAGAUCAAGAAUGAGAUAAACCGACUUAAGGAAGAGAUGGAGAAAAGGUGGAUUGAGACAGAGAAAGAACAUCAAGAACAGAGAGCUCAAAUACAACAAGAGAAAGAAGAGAUAGAAUUAAUCAGGGCAGACAUACAGCGAGAAAAGGAGAAGAUAGAAUGUGACAGAGAAGAAGCAAAGCAAGAAAAGAGGCAGAUUGAACAAAUAAAAUCUGAACUACAUGCAGAAAGAGAAGUUCUGGAGAAAGGCAAAGAAGAGACUAAACGAAAGGAAGCAGAACUGGAUUGGAUUGGUUAUGAAAUAAAGAAGGCAACCGAAAUCAUGGAGCAGAACAAAUUAAUGACAGAACAGGAAAAACAUGAGAUGGAGCAGACAAGAGUGGAAUUAAAGAAACAAGUGGAAGAGAUGGAAAAAAGAAAUGGGGAGUUAAUGCAGAAGAACGCUGAGGUAGAGCAAUCAAAAGUAGAGAUGCAAAGAGCAAAAGAAGUCUUACAAGAGCAAAUUGAUGAUUUCCAGCGAAAAACAGAAGAUUUGGAGAGAAGAAGAUAUGAAAUUGUCAAAGAGGAACUGCAGCUGAGAAAUGAGAUACAAAGGGGCAGACAAGAAUUGGACUGGAUCAUGGUGGAGAUUCAAAGGGCGAAGGAGGAAGCAGAUAAACAAAAUGAUGAGAAGGAAAAUGAUGAAUUAGAAGCUGUGAUAAAAACAGGUACAACUAGCAUGAAAAUAACAUGGGAAGAGUCAAAUCUGGAAGAGCUCAAGAUCACACAGAUAAAAAGCAUGAUGCAUGCAUAUAGGGAUGCCCAUGACACAGGAAGAGAGAAAGGAGAACUAGAGCAGGUCAAAUAUGAAAUAGAACAAGCACUAGAAGUUAUGGGACAAAAUAAAAAAGCAAUAAAGCUAGAAAAGCAAGAGCUGGAGCACAUGAAAGCUGAGAUACAGAGAGAGAAAGAUGACAUGUGGAGGAGACGGAAAGAAACAUGGGCUGAGAUAGAAAAGCUGGAACAGAUGAGAACAGAGGUAUUAAAGUCCAAAGAAGAGAUAGAGAAGAGUACAACUGUAAUGAAGAAAGAGAAGGACACAAUGGAACAGAUAAAAUCUGAGAUAAAAGGACAAAUAGAAGAGAUAGAAAACAAGAUUGAAGAAACAAGAAGAGCAAACUACAGACUGGAACAAAUGAAGGAUGAGAUAGUGAGAGAAAAAGAUGACUUGGAGAGUAUAAGAGAUGUGAAGGACAAAGAACCAUUUGAAAAGGUGAAAUAUGAGCUGCAAAGAAUAAAAAUAGAGAUCGCGAAGCUCUGGGAAGAGACCGAACAGGCGGACUGUGAACUGAGAGCUAGGUUACGGAAAGAGGAAGAAGAGCUGGAGAACAGGAUAGAAAAAAUACAGAGGGAAAUGUUGGAAAUGGAGCAAGUCAAGGCAGAGAUAAAGAGUCAGACAGAAGAACUUCUGAAUAAGAAAGAAAGAAACGAAAGAGAACUGGACGAGAUUGAAAAAGCAAAGGCUGAACUAGAGAGGCAGAAAGAAGAAAUCGAAAAUAAUAUAGAAAAAGCAAAGAGCAACGCAAAGAUGAUGAGGACAGAACUUGAGAGACAGAAAGAAGAAAUCGAAAAAAGGCUAGAGAAGACAAAGAGAGAGCGAGAGGCCAUAGAGCAGAUGAAAGCUGAGAUCCAAAGUCAGAAAGAUGAAGUGGAACACAAGUACGAAAUGACAAAAAGCGAAAUGUAUAAGUUGGAGGAGAUGAGGAAUGAAAUCCAAAGGAGGAGGAGUGAGCUGGAAGGGUGGUUAUUGUUGUCAUUGACGAAGAAGGCGGAAAUCGAGCUACUGAAGGCGGGACUGCAAAGACAGAGGGUAGAGGUCGAAAGAAUGCUGGUGGCAGCAAAGACAGAAAAUGACACGCUAGAGCGAAAAAAGGCAGCUAUCCACGGAGAAAGGGAAGAAACUGAAAAAAUGAAGGCUGUCAUAGAGAGGGAGAAAGAUGCACUGGAACAGAUGAAAAAUGAUCUGAAGAAAAUGAAAGAGGAAAAUGAAAAAAAAAUGGAGAAGAUGACAAGUGACAUGCAGAGUGUAAUGCAGAUGAGAACCGAAAUAGAAAACCAAAGCAGUGCUAUGGAAGAGAGGAUCAAAAACACACUGAGAGACAGACAAGAGGUGGAAACAAUGAAGAUGGACAUAAAAAGACAAAAAGAAGAGCUGGAAAAGAAAAUCGCUGAAGUAAAUAAGGAAAAGGACAAGAUAGACCAGAUGAAGAUGGAACUGCAGAAAACUCUAGAUGAAAUGGAAAAAACCAAAGAGGAGGAGAAAAGAAUAUGGAGAUGGGAGGACAUCACGACAAUGGCUAAAAAAGAGGAAAUAGGCAGGAGGACAGAAGCUGGUGGAUACAAGGAUACUGAGACACAGGGAGAGAAAGAGAGGCCAAGGAAGAUGAAGGGGAAGAGGGAAAGACAUCUUGGAACAUGGGUGAUACAAAAAAAGAAGCGAAGAGAGGAAAGGAAUGAGGGCAACAUAGAUAUGAAAGAAAAAACAGAAAAGGACAUGGAGGAAAUCAGGGGAUCCACAGGUGACUUCGAAAAGAUGGAAGAUCAAUUGCACAAAAGGAAAGAUGAUGUGGACGAAUGGACAGAAAGACGAAAAUGGAAAAUGGUGGAGCAGAUGAAAGCAGAUGUGCAAAAAGAAGAAGUGGAACAAAAUCAAUCCAGAGAAGACACCAUGACAGAGAUGAUGACAAUGAUAGCUAGUAGAAGAGAUAUGAAGAAUGAGAAAGAGGACAUAGAAAAGGAGUUGGAAAAAAUUAACAGGGAGAAGGAUGAUAUAAGAAAACUGAAGGCUGUGCUACAGAAACAGCAAAAGGAAAUGGAGAGCUGGAUGGAGGAAAGGAAACAGGAGAUGAUUAGGAUGAAACAGAUGAAAACUGACCUUGAAAACAAGGAGGAGCAUAUUGAACAAAUGAGAAAUGAUGUUAUGAGUAAAAUGAGCAAAAUGGCAGCAAUUAAAGCUGGAAGGGAUGGACAAAAACAAGGAAUAGCCAUGCAAUGGGAACUGAUAAAGCAAGAGAAGGAUGUUAUUCGUCAGCUGAAAGCUGAGCUGCAAAAAGAGAAAAAGGAUAUGGACAAAUGUAUACAGGAAAGACAGCGGGAAGGGAUCCGUAUUGAACAAACUAAAGCUGAUAUUCAAAAUGAGAAACAGAAAAUUGAUCAAGCCAGAGAUGACACUAUGAGGGAGAUUAGGAAAAUGGAAGCCCUUAAAGCUGAGACGGAGGGUCAGAAAGAAGGAGUAAAAGACCAACUAGAGCAGAUUAAGAGGGAAAAACAGGAUAUUGAACAAAGUAAGGCAGAGCUGCAGAAGAAGAAUGAGGAAUUGGAGAAAUGGAUACAAGAGUGGCAACAAGAGAAAAACUUGACUGAUGAACUAAAAGCAAACCUUGAAAAAGAGAAAGAGAAAAAUGAUCAAACAGUGGAAGAUAAUAUCAGGGAAACCAAAAAAAUUUCAAUUGUCAAGGCUGAGAUGGAUGAGAAAAGGGAAGUAAUGGAAAAGCAACUAGACCAGAUAAAGAGGGAGAAAGAAGAUAUGGAACAACUGAAGCUUAAGCUAAGGAAAGAGAAAGAAAAAAUGGGGCGACAGAAAGAAAAAAUGAAAGACCGAUUGGACCAGAUUAAGAGGGAGGAAGAGGAUAUUGAGCAAAUAAAGGCUGAGCUACAGAAGCAAAAGUUAGACAUGGACAACUGGAUAGAAGAGAGGCAGCAAGAGAAAGACUUGAUUGAAGAAAUGAAAGCAAACCUUCAAAAAGAGAAAGAGAAAAUUGAUCAAACUGGUGAAGAUAAUUUAAGAGAAGCCAGAAAAGUUGCAGAUAUCAAAGUUGAGUUGGACGAAGAAAAGGAAGUAAUGGAAAAGCGAAUGGAGCAGAUUAAGAGGGAGAGAGAGGAUAUGGAAGAAUUGAGGGUUAAGCUACAGAAAGAGAAAGAAGAAAUGGAUCGAGAAAAAGACCAAAUAGAAGACCAAUUAGGCCAGAUUAAGAGGGAGAAAGAGGAUAUUGAGGAAAUAAAGGUUGAGCUACAGAAGCAAAAAUUUGACAUGGACAAGAGGAUACAAGACAGAAAGCAUGAAAAAGAACUGGUGGAACAAAUGAAAACAGACCUUCAAAAAGAGAAAGAGAAAAUUGAUCAAACUGGUGAAGAUAAUUUAAGAGAAGCCAGAAAAACUGCAGAUAUCAAAGUUGAGUUGGACGGAGAAAAGGAAGUAAUGAAAAAGCGAAUGGAGCAGAUUAAGAGGGAGAAAGAGGAUAUGGAAGAAUUGAGGGUUAAGCUACAGAAAGAGAAAGAAGAAAUGGAUCGAGAAAAAGAACAAACGGAAGACCAAUUAGGCCAAAUUAAAAGGGAGAAAGAGGAUAUUGAGGAAACAAAGGCUGAGCUACAGAAGGAAAAAUUGAACAUUGACAACUGGAUACAAGGGAGGCAGCAAGAGAAAGACUUGAUUGAAGAAAUGAAAGCAAACCUUCAAAAAGAGAAAGAGAAAAUUGAACAAACUGGUGAAGAUAAUUUAAGAGAAGCCAGAAAAAUUGCAGAUAUCAAAGUUGAGUUGGACGGAGAAAAGGAAGUAAUGGAAAAGCGAAUGGAGCAGAUUAAGAGGGAGAAAGAGGAUAUGGAAGAAUUGAGGGUUAAGCUACAGAAAGAGAAAGAAGAAAUGGAUCGAGAAAAAGAACAAACGGAAGACCAAUUAGGCCAGAUUAAAAGGGAG